GGAAGGUGGGUGAGGGGGAGGUUAGAGUCUGGAAAGUCUGUGAGGGGGAGGGAUAGAGUCUGGAAGGUGGGUGAGGGGGAGGGUUAGAGGCUGGGAGGUGGGUGAGGUUAGAGUCUUAGAGGUGGGUGGUUGGGUGCAGGGAUACAUGGGUGUAUGGGGAGUGCAGGCUGGGGAGGAGCUGUAAGUUGAAAGCUUUCCUCUCUCUAAGCUUUACUCACAUUCCAUUAAUCUAAGGACCAAGCAAGGUGGGUUUUUAUUCUCUUUAAUUUGCACCCACCUCCAUUACCCCUACAUUUUAAGUUAAGAGCCAGGAGAGGAGUGGAGGCUGGGUAAGGGGUACAUGGAGAAGAGUGAAGGCUAGGUAGGGGGUACAUGGAUAGGAGUGGAGGCUGGGUAGGGGGUACAUGGAGAGGAGUGGAGUGGAGUGGAGGCUGGGUAGGGGGUACAUGGAGAGGAGUGAAGGCUAGGUAGGGGGUACAUGGAGAGGACUGGAGGCUGAGUAGGGGGUACAUGGAGAGGAGUGGAGUGGAGGCUGGGUAGGGGGUACAUGGAGAGGAGUGGAGGCUAGGUAGGGGGUACAUGGAGAGGAGUUGAGGCUGGGUAGGGGGUACAUGGAGAGGAGUUGAGGCUGGGUAGGGGGUACAUGGAGAGGAGUGGAGGCUGGGUAGGGGGUACAUGGAGAGGAGUGGAGGCUGGGUAGGGGGUACAUGGAGAGGAGUGGAGUGGAGUGGAGGCUGGGUAGGGGGUAUAUGGAGAGCAGUGGAGGCUAGGUAGGCUGGGUAGGGGGGUACAUGGAGAGGAGUUGAGGCUGGGUAUGGGGUACAUGGAGAGGAGUUGAGGCUGGGUAGGGGGUACAUGGAGAGGAGUGGAGCUGGGUAGGGGGUACAUGGAGAGGAGUUGAGGCUGGGUAGGGGGUACAUGGGGAGGAGUGGAGCUGAGUAGGGGGUACAUGGGGAGAACUGGAGGCUAGGUAUGGGGUACAUGGAGAGGAGUGGAGUGGUGGCUGGGUAGGGGGUACAUGGAGAGGAGUGAAGGCUAGGUAGGGGUUACAUGGAGAGGAGUUGAGGCUGGGUAGGGGGUACAUGGAGAGGAGUGGAGCUGAGUAGGGGGUACAUGGGGAGAACUGGAGGCUCCGUAGGGGUAACAUGGGGGAAAACUGGAGGCUGGGCAGGCAGUUAAUUGAAAAGUGUUUUGUUUACAUAAUAGGUUUCAUUGAAUUGUAUAAAUAUUGUUCAUUUCCUUUCAUUCCAUUAAUCUUGUUACAGAGUUGCAGUCAUGUAACAUUGCUAUUAAACUCUCGUCACCUGCAUAACUUACAAUAUACUAUGUUACAAAACUAUAGUUAUUUUAUGUAUGUUAUUAUUUGCAGUAACAUAAACUGCAGUGCAGUACAAAGACUAUAUGAACCAAAUCAGUCAUAAAAUACAAGUGAAAAACAAGUGAAACCUAAUCAAAGGAACUUACAUUCUAAUAAAAGUGGGGGCAUAGGAAAGAGUUAAAGAACACAGUAUGUGAGAGGGGAGUGAAUGGCUGAACUUUGUACAGAUCUAGUCACAUGAUACAGUGACACAUACCAUGGGAAAUAAAUCCUGCAAAUAAUGCUUGCACCAUAACCACUACAGCACAGUACAGGUUUGUAUCACCUUUAUUGCAGCUUCUACAAUAAAAUAAUAAUUCGAAAAUAGUGUUGGAGAUUUAAAGCACAUGGUAUUGGAGCACACUAUGGGCAUGUAGGAGACUGACAGGGUGUAGGAGCACACUGUGGGCAUGUAGGAGACUGACAGGGUGUAGGAGCACACUGUGGGCGUGUAGGAGACUGACAGGGUGUAGGAGCACACUGUGGGCAUGUAGGAGACUGACAGGGUGUAGGAGCACAUUGUGGGCAUGUAGGAGACUGACAUGGUGUAGGAGCACACUGUGGACAUGUUGGAGACUGACAGGGUGUAGGAGCACACUAUGGGCACAUAGGAGGGUGUAGGAGCACAUUGUGGGCAUGUAGAAGACUGACAGGGUAUAGGAGCACACUAUGGGCAUGUAGGAGUGGGCAUGUAGGAGACUGACAUGGUGUAGGAGCACACUGUGGGCAUGUAGGAGACUGACAUGGUGUAGGAGCACACUGUGGGCAUGUAGGAAUGGUGAUGGUAUGCACAAAUCUAGCUGUAAUUAGGAAGUAUACUCUGGUCAUGCAGCAAACUGAGAGUUUCGGGAGAGAGGAAAUGUGUGCUGUGAUGAAUAUUGGUGGUGUGGGGGUGAAGGAAUCUUGAAACAGAAUUCCUAGGGGAGGUUAGAGUCUGGAAGGUGGGUGAGGGGGAGGGUUAGAGUCUGGGAGGUGGGUGGUUGGGUGCAGGGAGACAUGGGUAGGGGGUGUAUGGGAAGUGCAGGCUGGGGAGGAGCUGUAAGUUGAAAGCUUUCCUCUCUAUAAGCUUUACUCACAUUCCAUUAAUCUAAGGACCAAGCAAGGUGGGUUUUUAUUCUCAAUAAUUUGCACCCACCUCCAGUACCCCUAAAUUUUAAGUUAAGAGUCAGGUGAGGACUGGAGGCUGGGUAGGGGAUACAUGGAGAGGAGUGGAGCUGGGUAGGGGGUACAUGUAGAGGAGUGGAGCUGGGUAGGGGGUACAUGGAGAGGAGUGGAGCUGGGUAGGGGGUACAUGGGGAGAACUGGAGGUCAGCAGGGCAAUACGGAGAGGAGCGGUGUAAUGGGCAGUAAAGGCCAUUGAGAGGAGCGAUAUCAAGAAGGCCACGGAGGAGAUAGCCAGGUAGGUAAGGCCACGGGAUAUGGAGUGGAUACUGGGUAGGGGCUACGGAGGAGUGGAGCGGAGGCCAAGAAGAGUGAUGAAUAGCCAGGGUGGCUGGGCACAUGGAGAGUGAUGGGAUGGGUGGUCAGGGCAGGGGGGCACACGGAGGAGUGGAGUGAGGCUGGCAGGGGGCAACAUGGAGAGGAGUGGGAAUGGGUAUGGGGCAAAACAUGGAGGAGUGGAGUGGGUGGUUGGGGUAGGGGCACAUGGAGAUGAAGAAUACAUGGAGAGGAGUUGAGGCUGGGUAGGGGGUACAUGGAGAGGAGUGGAGCUGAGUAGGGGGUACAUGGGGAGAACUGGAGGCUCCGUAGGGGUAACAUGGGGGAAAACUGGAGGCUGGGCAGGCAGUUAAUUGAAAAGUGUUUUGUUUACAUAAUAGGUUUCAUUGAAUUGUAUAAAUAUUGUUCAUUUCCUUUCAUUCCAUUAAUCUUGUUACAGAGUUGCAGUCAUGUAACAUUGCUAUUAAACUCUCGUCACCUGCAUAACUUACAAUAUACUAUGUUACAAAACUAUAGUUAUUUUAUGUAUGUUAUUAUUUGCAGUAACAUAAACUGCAGUGCAGUACAAAGACUAUAUGAACCAAAUCAGUCAUAAAAUACAAGUGAAAAACAAGUGAAACCUAAUCAAAGGAACUUACAUUCUAAUAAAAGUGGGGGCAUAGGAAAGAGUUAAAGAACACAGUAUGUGAGAGGGGAGUGAAUGGCUGAACUUUGUACAGAUCUAGUCACAUGAUACAGUGACACAUACCAUGGGAAAUAAAUCCUGCAAAUAAUGCUUGCACCAUAACCACUACAGCACAGUACAGGUUUGUAUCACCUUUAUUGCAGCUUCUACAAUAAAAUAAUAAUUCGAAAAUAGUGUUGGAGAUUUAAAGCACAUGGUAUUGGAGCACACUAUGGGCAUGUAGGAGACUGACAGGGUGUAGGAGCACACUGUGGGCAUGUAGGAGACUGACAGGGUGUAGGAGCACACUGUGGGCAUGUAGGAGACUGACAGGGUGUAGGAGCACACUGUGGGCAUGUAGGAGACUGACAGGGUGUAGGAGCACACUGUGGGCAUGUAGGAGACUGACAGGGUUUAGGAGCACACUGUGGGCAUGUAGGAGACUGACAGGAUGUAGGAGCACACUGUGGGCGUGUAGGAGACUGACAGGGUGUAGGAGCACACUGUGGGCAUGUAGGAGACUGACAGGGUGUAGGAGCACACUGUGGGCAUGUAGGAGACUGACAGGGUGUAGGAGCACACUAUGGGCACGUAGGAGGGUGUAAGAGCACAUUGUGGACAUGUAGGAGACUGACAUGGUGUAGGAGCACACUGUGGGCAUGUAGGAGACUGACAGGGUGUAGGAGCACACUGUGGGCAUGUAGAAGACUGACAGGGUAUAGGAGCACACUAUGGGCAUGUAGGAGACUGACAGGGUGUAGGAGCACACUGUGGUCAUGUAGGAGACUGACAGGGUGUAGGAGCACACUGUGGUCAUGUAGGAGACUGACAGGGUGUAGGAGCACACUGUGGGCAUGUAGGAGACUGACAGGGUGUAGGAGCACACUGUGGGCAUGUAGGAGACUGACAGGGUAUAGGAGCACACUAUGGGCAUGUAGGAGACUGACAGGGUGUAGGAGCACACUAUGGGCAUGUAGGAGACUGACAGGGUAUAGGGGCACACUGUGGUCAUGUAGGAUACUGACGGUAUAGGAGCACACUGUGGGCAUGUAGGAGACUGACAGGGUGUAGGAGCACACUGUGGGCAUGUAGGAGACUGACAGGGUGAUGGAGCACACCGUGGUCAUGUAGGAGACUGACAGGGUGAUGGAGCACAUUGUGGGCAUGUAGGAGACUGACAGGGUAUAGGAGCACACUGUGGGCACGUAGGAGGGUGUAGGAGCACAUUGUGGUCAUGUAGGAGACUGACAGGGUGAUGGAGCACAUUGUGGGCAUGUAGGAGACUGACAUGGUGUAGGAGCACACUAUGGGCACGUAGGAGGGUAUAGGAGCACACUGUGGGUAUGUAGGAGACUGACAUGGUGUAGGAGCACACUGUGGGUAUGUAGGAGACUGACAGGGUGAUGGAGCACAUUGUGGGCAUGUAGGAGACUGACAGGGUGUAGGAGCACACUAUGGGCAUGUAGGAGGGUGUAGGAGCACAUUGUGGGUAUGUAGGAGACUGACAUGGUGUAGGAGCACACUAUGGGCACGUAGGAGGGUGUAGGAGCACACUGUGGGCUUGUAGGAGACUGACAGAGUGUUGGAGCACACUGUGGGCAUGCAGGAGACUAAGAGGGUGUAGGAGCCCACCGUGGUCAUGUAGGAGACUGACAGGGUGAUGAAGCACAUUGUGGGCAUGUAGGAGACUGACAGGGUGUAGGAGCACACUAUGGGCACGUAGGAGGGUGUAGGAGCACAUUGUGGGCAUGUAGGAGACUGACGGGGUGUUGGAGCACACUGUGGGCAUGCAGGAGACUGACAUGGUGUAGGAGCACACUGUGGGUAUGUAGGAGACUGACAGGGUGUAGGAGCACACUGUGGUCAUGUAGGAAACUGACAGGGUAUAGGAGCACACUGUGGGCAUGUAGGAGACUGACAGCGUAUAUGAACACACUGUGGGCAUGUAGGUGACUAACAGGGUGUAGGAGCACACCGUGGUCAUGUAGGAGACUGACAGGGUGAUGGAGCACAUUGUGGGCAUGUAGGAGACUGACAGGGUGUAGGAGCACACUAUGUGCACGUAGGAGGGUGUAAGAGCACAUUGUGGACAUGUAGGAGACUGACAUGGUGUAGGAGCACACUAUGGGCACGUAGGAGACUGACAUGGUGUAGGAGCACACUGUGGUCAUGUAGGAGACUGACAGGGUAUAUGAACACACUGUGGGCAUGUAAGAGACUGACAGGGUGUAGGAGCACACUGUGCUCAUGUAGGAAACUGACAGGGUAUAGGAGCACACUGUGGGCAUGUAGGAGACUGACAUGGUGUAGGAGCACACUAUGGGCACGUAGGAGGGUAUAGGAGCACACUGUGGGUAUGUAGGAGACUGACAUGGUGUAGGAGCACACUGUGGUCAUGUAGGAGACUGACAGGGUGUAGGAGCACACUGUGGGCAUGUUUGAGACUGACAGGGUGUAGGAGCAAACUGUGGUCAUGUAGGAAACUGACAGGGUAUAGGAGCACACUGUGGGCAUGUUGGAGACUGACAGGUUGUAGGAGCACACUGUGGCCAUGUAGGAGACUGACAGGGUGUAGGAGCACACUGUGGGCGUGUAGGAGACUGACAGGGUGUAGGAGCACACUGUGGUCAUGUAGGAGACUGACAGGGUGAUGGAGCACAUUGUGGGCAUGUAGGAGACUGACAGGGUAUAGGGGCACACUGUGGGCAUGUAGGAGACUGACAGGGUGUAGGAGCACACUGUGGGCAUGUAGGAGACUGACAGGGUGUAGGAGCACACUGUGGGCAUGUAGGAGACUGACAGGAUGUAGGAGCACACUGUGGGCGUGUAGGAGACUGACAGGGUGUAGGAGCACACUGUGGGCAUGUAGGAGACUGACAUGGUGUAGGAGCACACUGUGGUCAUGUAGGAGACUGACAGGGUAUGGAGCACAUUGUGGGCAUGUAGGGAGACUGACAGGGUAAUAGAGCACACUAUGGGCAUGUAGGAUACUGACGGUAUAGGAGCACACUGUGGGCGUGUAGGAGACUGACAGGGUGUAGGAGCACACUGUGGUCAUGUAGGAGACUGACAGGGUGAUGGAGCACAUUGUGGGCAUGUAGGAGACUGGCAGGGUAUAGGGGCACACUGUGGGCAUGUAGGAGACUGACAGGGUGUUGGAGCACUCUGUGGGCGUGUAGGAGACUGACAUGGUGUUGGAGCACACUGUGGUCAUGUAGGAGACUGACAGGGUGUUGGAGCACACUGUGGUCAUUUAGGAGACUGACAGGGUAUAGGGGCACACUGUGGUCAUGUAGGAGACUGACGGUAUAGGAGCACAUUGUGGGCAUGUAGGAGACUGACAGGGUAUAGGAGCACACUGUGGGCACGUAGGAGGGUGUAGGAGCACAUUGUGGUCAUGUAGGAGACUGACAGGGUGAUGGAGCACAUUGUGGGCAUGUAGGAGACUGACAUGGUGUAGGAGCACACUGUGGGUAUGUAGGAGACUGACGGGGUGUAGGAGCACACUGUGGGUGUGUAGGAGACUGACAGAGUGUAGGAGCACACUGUGGGCAUGUAGGAGACUGACAGGGUGUAGGAGCACACUGUGGGCAUGUAGGAGACUGACAUGGUGUAGGAGCACACUGUGGGCAUGUAGGAGACUGACAGGGUGUAGGAGCACAUUGAACGGUGUUGGAGCACAUUUUGGGCAUGUAGGAGGCUGACAGGGUUUAGGAGCACACUGUGGGCAUGUAGGAGACUGACAGGGUGUAGGAGCACACUGUGGGCAUGAAAGAGACUGACGGGGGAGCACACUGUAGGAGCACACUGUGGGUGUGUAGGAGACUGACAGGAUGUUGGAGCACACAGUGGUCAUGUAGGAGACUGACAGGUUGUUGGAGCACACUGUGGGCAUGUAGGAGACUGACAGGGUGUAGGAGCACACUGUGGGCAUGUAGGAGACUGACAGGGUGUAGGAGCACACUGUGGGUGUGUAGGAGACUGACAGGGUGUAGGAGCACACUGUGGGGAUGUUGGAGACUGACAGGGUGUAGGAGCACACUGUGGGCAUGUAGGAGACUGACAGGGUAUAGGAGCACACUGUGGGCAUGUAGGAGACUGACAGGGUAUAGGAGCACACUGUGGGUAUGUUGGAGACUGACAGAGUGUUGAAGCACACAGUGGGCAUGUAGGAGACUGUGGGUGUGUAGGAGACUGACAGGGUGUAGGAGCACACUGUGGGUGUGUAGAACACUGACAGGGUGUAGGAGCACAAUGUAGGCAUGCAGGAGACUGACAGGGCAUUGGAACACUAGGAACGCUACGGAAUAUGCUGUUGCUAUAGAAAUACCAGUAAUAAUAAACACCAGUAAUAAUAGGCGACUGACAUGGUAUUGGAGCACACUGUGGGAGAUAAUUAUACAAAAAGUAAUUUUUUAUUAAUUCACAAUAUCCAGAGCAUUACUAUACUGGCUAUAAUCACUAGCGCUUAUAAGAGCUACAUAGCCAGACCUGCUCUUUGGAAGGGGAGUUGCCCACCCACUGGAAGCUGGAUCCUUGUCUUACAUCCAGGGUGGAUGGAGGACAGCGAGACCCCAACCAAGCUGCAGCGGCUAUGGGGCUACGGUACUAAUGGUGUCCAGUGCAGUGCUUAUAGUACUCAAGGCGACCAGGAAGCAGCGAUUAGCGGAGGCACCCAGUCGGGGUGCCAUGCGGUCCAUCAUAUGGACCAUUCGAUUCAUCGAGGCGUCGAUUUAAAAGAGUUUAAUUUGGACAAACUGGAUGAAAUUAUUUUUGCACAAAUCUAACAUAAACUACUUAAAGGACCACUAUAGUGCCAGGAAAACAUACUCGUUUUCCUGGCACUAUAGUCCCCUGAGGGUGCCCCCACACUCAGGGACCCCCUCCCGCCCGGCUCUGGAAGGGGGAAAGGGUUAAAAACUUACCUUUUUCCAGCGCUGGGCGGAGAGCUCUCCUCCUUCUCUCCUCCUCCUGGGCUGAAUGCGCACGCGCGGCAAGAGCUGCACGCGCAUUCAGCCCUUUCACAUAGGAAAGCAUUUACAAUGCUUUCCUAUGGACGCUUGCGUGCUCUCACUGUGAAAAUCACAGUGAGAAGCACGCAAGCGCCUCUAGUGGCUGUCAAUGAGACAACCACUAGAGGAUUAGGGGGAAGGCUUAACCAAUUCAUAAACAUAGCAGUUUCUCUGAAACUGCAAUGUUUAUAAAAAAAAUGGGUUAACCCUAGAAGGACCUGGCACCCAGACCACUUCAUUAAGCUGAAGUGGUCUGGGUGCCUAGAGUGGUCCUUUAAAGGGACAUAUAUCACUUUGAGAUAGCCAUCUCAUUUAAAUGCAUUAGCUUGGAAUGAAACAGUUGCAUAACUCUGCAGACUGAAGAAAACAGGUAAAUGUGGUUUUGUCCUUAUAUUUUAUCGUCUUCUUUCUUUCUUUAUGCUUUCCAAACACACUUCCAGGGAAGACCCUGAUUUAUCCAAUCAGUGUCCUAUCCCUAGGAAUGCUUAACAGUGCCUUUGGCAUAUUGACAGAUUGACACAUGUGCAGUUGGAAGAUCUGUUCACCUUGUAACAUCCUGACAGGGGAGACGAGAGGGAGUCUGAAUGUUGGCUUUCUCUCGUUUCUGUCAUUAGUGUCAGGAUUACUAGUUCAUCCAGCAUGCAGAAUUAUAUCACACCUAGGACUAAAUGUAACGUCUUAUUGGGCCUUAGAAUGGCCGAACUUAACUUACCAGAGAAUAGUCAGAAUACAUGCUGCGGUCAGGCACAAAGAAGGAGACACAACGAUGAGGGAAAGGCAAAAGUCAAGGAUACCAGAAUCCAGGGAAGUCAAAAUUAAGCCAAAGUUAAUAACCAGAAUUAAACGAUCAGGAACACACUCUCGGAUAACCAAGUAAGGGAAACCACGACAGAGCACUGAACAAAAGGUAAUUUGGGUUUAAAUAACCCUCCUUAGUCUGUAAUUGGCUGUCUCUGCCCUCUGACCUCAAAAUGUACGUGCGCGUCUAUGACGUCAGCGCCAUCUUUGAUACGGGCGCAGGUAAGUUCACAAAACAACGUAAAUACAGUUUCAAGGAUCGGUUAGCCCUUUCAGCCGUACCAUUAGUUUGGGGAUGGUAAGAGGAAGAAAAUGAUAAUUCAAUACUCAGCUGUUUGCUAAAAGCGCUCCAAAAUCGAGACACAAACUGAGAACCCCUGUCAGACAUAAUAUUUUGAGGAAUACCAUGUAGUCUGACAAUGUCGCAUAUAAAUAUCAAAACCAGAUCUUGUGAAGAUGGCAUUUUUUUGAGUGGAAUAAAAUGAGCCAUCUUGGAAAAACAAUCAACCGCCAUAAGGAUUGUGGUAUGACCAUUAGAACUCGGAAGUGCCACGAUGAAAUCCAUGGACAAUAGGGACCAUAGAACACUAACAAUCUACACGGACGUUUAUGAGGAACCUUAGAAACUGCACACAGAGAACAGGCCUCCACAUAUUCUUUGAUAUCGCUAUUUAAAUAAUAAAAUAAUAAUAAUAAUCUCUCCUGAGUGAAUCCCACCAAAAAGAUCUAGAGACAGCGCAUAUGGUUUUAUUAAUGCCUGGAUGCCCAGCAGUCACAUUGUCGUGGAAUACUCUCAAAACUUCCUUUCUUUCAGUCAAUGGAAUAAACAAUUUUUCCAGAGGUUAAUUACAAGGUGCCUGGGAUUGAGCCGCCAUUAUAGCACAAAGCAGAGGGGAUGACAAGGAAAGGACAGUGGAUGCAAUGAUACACUCAAGUGGAACGAUUGGGAAUAUCUCUUGUUCUUGUUCAGUUUCAAUGUCAAACUAUCUAGAUAAGGUGUCAGCUUUAACAUUUUUGGGACCAGGUCAAUAAGUGAUAAUAAAGUUAAAGCGAGAUAAGAACAAAGAACAUCUUGCCUGUCUAGAAGACAGUAGUUUAGCAACACCAAUAUAUACCAAAUUUUUGUGAUCAGUUAUGAUCAAAAGGGGAUCCUUGGAACCCUCUAAAAGAUGUCACAUUCUGUUAGCGCUAGUAUAAUGGCCAUUGUCAUAAUUAUGCUCUGCUGGAGACAACUUUCUAGAAAAGUACCCACAGGGAUGCAAAGGGGUAUCCUGACUCUCCCUCUGAGAAAGAACAGCCCCCACCCCUGUCUCAGAGGCAUUAACCUCCAGUAUGAAGGAUUUGCUUGUGUCAGGAUGUACCAAAAUGUCAGCAGAAGCGAAUAAUUUUUUAAGAAGUUCAAAAGCUUCUCUAGCUUCUUUAGACCAUACCGUACAACUAGCCCUCUUGUGUGUCAUAUUGGUGAUGGGGGCUAUUACAGAAGAGAAACCUUUGGUGAAUCUCCUUUAGUAAUUAGCAAAACCAAUAAAACUUUGAAUGGAUUUUAACCCAUUAGGUAAAGGCCAGCGUAGAACAGCCUCUAGUUUACGAGGAUCCAUUUGGAAACCAGAGGCAGAGAUGUUAUACUCCAAAAACUGUACCUCAGUCUGGUCAAAGAUGCAUUUACCAACUUUGCAAUAAAGACCAUUUUCAAGCAAAGUUUGCAGUACUUGUUUGACAUGUUUGUGAUGAGUCUGGAGGUCAGGGGAAUAAAUAAAGAUAUCAUCCAGGUAUUCUAGAACAAAAGAAUAAAUAUAGUCUAUGAGCACAUCAUUAAUGAAGUCCUGAAAUACGGCCGGGGCAUUACAUAAACCGAUAGGCAUGGCAAGGUAUUCAUAGUAUCCACUUCUAGUGUUAAAUGCCGUUUCACACUCAUGAUCUUCCUUAAUUCUUUCCAAAUUGUACGCACUCCUGAGGUCAAGUUUAGUAAAUACCUUAGCACCCUGGAGCCUGUCAAACAAUUCGGAGAUAAGAGGAAUGGGAGAAGCAUUUUUUUAUGGUGAUCUUGGUUAAAGCCCUGUAAUCAAUGCAUGGGCGUAAUUCGCCAUCUUUAUUGGAUACAAAAUGAACCCUGCUCCAGCAGGUGAGGAUGACUUAAGUAUGUGGCCUUUAUUUAGAGAAUCUUUGAUGUGCUCAUCCAUGAUACUACUCUUCUGUGGGGAUAGAGCAUAUAUUGCCCCCUUAGGGUAGCAGAUCUGUGGAGCAAUCAUAUGAUCUGUGAGGAGGUAGAAUAUUAGUCUGACUCUUACUGAACACCUCUUUAACUCCCCAGUAUUGUAUGGGAACUUCGGAGGUCUGAGGCAUAGUAGUGGGUAAUGUAAUGAUGCCCACUCUUUUGGUAAUGGGUAACAUACAUCUCUCUACACACCCCAUUCCAGUAUUUUUCCCUUAGCCCAGUCAAUAUGAGGAUUGUGCUUAAUGAGCCAAGGAAAUCUUAAUAUGAUGGGACAAGAAGGAGAAGCACUCAGUAAAAUAAAUAAUAAUAAACAAUUAACCUCUUCCUUCCCUCUCCCUCUCUCUCCAUAUGUACUUAUCCGAUCGCCACCGUUCCCCCGCCGUCGAUCGUUCUUCUUCUAUGGGGGGACUGUUUGACAGCCUAGACAGUCCCCCCUCUGCAUGGCCGUCACAUGGCGGUGAUAGGUGUCCAUAUAGAUGUCAGCAGGGGGCUGCCUGAAGUGACAGGCAGUCCCCCUACUGGUAAAAAAUGUUUUAAAAAAGUUUCAAAAUACAAAUAUGUUAAUAAAAAAAUAUAUAUAUAUAUACACACACACACAUAAUAUAUAUAUAUAUAUAUAUAUAUAUAUAUAUGUAUCUUAUAUAUAAUGUCAUACUAAGUGUAUUUUUAUACUAAGUGUAAUUUUUUAUUAAUAUAUACAUAUAUUAAUAUAAAAAUAUACUUAGAGUAAAAUUACACAUGUGUAUAUAUAUAAUAACUAUAAUAUAUAUAUUAUAGAAAAUAAAUAAUCAAUUAAAAAUAAAUAAAAAAAGUAAAAACAGUAAAAAAAUGAUAUAUUAUAUAUAUAUAUAUAUAUAUACGAUACCAGUAGAGAGCAUUCAGGAGUCUUUGAAGGUAAAUUUAAUCUGUUGCUUUAUCGAGCAAUUACAAAUUCACACAAUGUUCCAGUCGACAUUUCAGUCUGUAAAAGACUGAAAAAAAGUAUUUUACAGACUGAAACGUCGACUGGAAAGUUGUGUGAAUUUGUAAUUGCUCAAUAAAGCAACAGAUGAAAUUUACUUUGAAAGACUCCUGAGUGAUCUCUACUGGUAUCGUAUACAAUUUGGUUGGAGACAGCACCGGAGCAUUAAAAGACCGAGAGCAUUGAGUGCUGGGACCUGGGACAUGUAUAUAUAUAUGUAAUUUUAUUCUAACUGUAUUUUGAUAAUAUAUAAAUAUAUAUAUAUAUAUCUCAAAAUACACUUAGAAUAAAAUUAUAUAUAUCUAUGUAUAUAUAAAUAAAUAAAAUAAUAUGAAAUAUACAUAAUUACAUAAAUAUACAUGCUGAGUUCAAAUAUAUAAAUAUGUAUAUAUAUUUAAAUUCUGCAUGCAUAUUUAUGUAAUAUUUUUAGUAAUUUUAUUGAUUGCAAUUUGAGGGACCUGCCUGACAACCCAGGCCGAAAGUCCAGAGAAUUCAAUUUGCUAGCACUAUAUUUAACCCUGUAACAUUCCAAAACACCUGUACUGUUUUACUCGGUAGUAAAAUGGUUGCAUGAAAAGAGCCAAAAUACCCCAAGUUUAAUACCGUAAGUUGUCUUCUUUUAAAAAAGAAAUACAUGUGAAGGGUUAUUCAGGGGUUCCUCACAGAUAUCAGUGUUACAAUGUAACUUGCGUUCAUUUUGAAAACAAAAAUGGUUUGGAAAUAGCAAAGUGCUACUUGUACUUAUUGCCCUAUAACUUGCAAAAACAAACAAAAACAUGUUAACAUUGGGUAUUUCUAAACUCAGGACAAAAUUUAGAAACUAUUUAGCAUGGGUGUUUUUGGGCAGUUGUAGAUGCGUAGCAUAUUUUGGGAGUCAACGUUCAAAAAAGUGUGCUUCUUAAAAUAUUUUCAUCAAUUUUUUUCUGAUUUUUUUUAUAGUAAAUUAUAUGAUAUGAUGAAAAUAAUGGUAUCUUUAGAAAGACCAUUUAAUGGCAAGAAAGAUGGUAUAUAAUAUGUGUGCGUACAGUAAAUGAGUAAGAGGAAAAUUACAGCUAAACACAAACUCAGAAGAAAUGUAAAAACAGCCCUGGUCCCAAAUGGUAGGAAAAUGUAAAAGCGGUCUGGUCACUAAGGGGAUAAGGAGACUUUCUUGCUGAUAACCGAGAAGCUUUGCAAAUGUACAAUGCAUGCACAGCUAAUGCUGUGGGCCAACAAUCCAAAGCACUGGACACGCACUCAGCGUCUGACAGUGAAAUUCAAUGCAUGCCGGCACGGGAAGUAAAAUAGAAUAAAUGAGAUCAUCUGUUUUAGUCUGUGGACCCCAAGUGGCUCUCUGUUCGACAGCCACAGGGGUGAUGGGAUUGCAUCACCUGAAAAUAGUGCUGAAUCUCAGAAACAGUCCUAUUGUCAGCUACUACUAUAGGCCAGUAAGCCUUACUUCAGUAGUGGGGAAAGUGAUGGAAACCAUGUUAAAGGAUAGGAUUGUUGAACAUCUAAAAACACAUGGAUUUCAAGAUCAGAGACAACAUGGGUUUACUUCAGGGAGAUCAUGCCAAACUAAUCUUAUUGAUUUUUUUGAUUGGGUAACUAAAAUUAUAGAUCAGGGUGGUGCAGUAGACAUUGCUUACCUAGAUUUCAGUAAGACUUUUGACACUGUUGCACAUAGAAGGCUUAUCAAUAAACUGCAAUCUUUAAGUUUGGAUUCCAAUAUUGUUGAAUGAGUAAGGCAGUGGCUGAGUGACAGGCAACAGAGGGUUGUAGUUAAUGGAAUAUAUUCGGUACCUCAGGGAUCUGUACUUGGACCCAUUCUCUUUAAUAUUUUUAUUAGUGAUAUUGCAGAAGGUCUUGAAGGUAAGGUAUGUCUUUUUGCUGAUGAUACUAAGAUAUGUAACAGUGUUGAUGUUCCAAGAGGGAUAAGCCAACUGGCAAAUGAUUUAGGUAAACUAGAAAAAUGGUCAGAAUUGUGGCAACUGACAUUUAAUGUGGAUAAGUGCAAGAUAAUUGUGGUGAGGUACUGGCCCCUGGCCAUUUUGUUUAGGAGCUCAUCUAUCCGGGGCAUAGAGUAAGCGUCGGAGAUCGUUUUGUCGUUGAGCCUCCGGUAGUCUACACAGAAACGGGUCGUCCCGUCCUGUUUCGGUACUAGCACUACCGGGGAGGCCCAGGAGCUGUCAGAAUGUUCUAUCACCCCUAACUGCAACAUCUCAUCAAUCUCCUUACGCACGCUUUCCUUUACUGGUUCAUGGAUUGCGGGAUAAAACUUACCAGGAAAGGUUAAAGGAUCUUAACAUGUAUAGCUUGGAGGAAAGACGAGACAGGGGGCAUAUGAUAGAAACAUUUAAAUACAUAAAGGGAAUCAACACAGUAAAGGAGGAGACUAUAUUUAAAAGAAGAAAAACUACCACAACAAGAGGACAUAGUCUUAAAUUAGAGGGACAAAGGUUUAAAAAUAAUAUCAGGAAGUAUUACUUUACUGAGAGGGUAGUGGAUGCAUGGAAUAGCCUUCCAGCUGAAGUGGUAGAGGUUAACACAGUAAAGGAGUUUAAGCAUGCGUGGGAUAGGCAUAAGGCUAUCCUAACUAUAAGAUAAGGCCAGGGACUAAUGAAAGUAUUUAGAAAAUUGAGCAGACUAGAUGGGCCGACUGGUUUUUAUCUGCCGUCACAUUCUAUGUUUCUAUGCAAGGCAGCUACAAGGGGCAAUAUGUAUCCUUUCAAAUCACUGCACUACAAUGAAGUGAUUAUGGUGCUUACACUGUCUUUCUCUCUUAAAUAAAAUUACUGGGAAAUCUAAUGUAUAGUUAUAAUGUGAUCAACAGGGAGUGGCUUCCUGCUCUGAAAGGGCGGAUUAUUUUAGAGGACACUGUUCCCUACAGGGUCAAUUACGCCGUCUGAGGGACCAGCUGUACAAAGCGUCCGUUAGCAUUAACACUUUGUCUUCCAGGUGGCUAUAUAACAAUCUUUAACAUAACUAUAUAAAAGAAGUAGAGAAGUUCUCAUCUCUCAGCUGAUCACGAAGACCCCUAUUUAUUAAUAUCUGUUUCCAGUUUAAAAUAAAGGGAUUUUUAUUGCUUUACUGUAAAUAUAAGACAUUAUUGCGAUUUGAAAGGUGAUACACAUGAUUUCAUUUUCUUUGUCUUCUAUGAUUGGACAGAUUGGUAGAAAUGGGUGGCAUUGAGCAGCUUGCUGAUAGUGAUGUCGUACGAGCCUACGGCACGUAUGUGACCAUCGUGCUCCUAAAAAUGAUGGUGAUGAGUGUGAUCACUGCUUUCUUCAGACUAACAAGAAAGGUAAGAAUCUGAAUAAAUCGAAGUGAAAUGUGUCGUACGCCAGGGAAAUGGCUUGUAUUCGUGUUAAUGAUAUGUGCAAUAAGGGCAUUCACCCAUGUCGCUCUUUGGAUUAGGAAGUUCAGCCCUGCUUUGUACACAUUACCUGUAGUGCUUAAUAGCUUUUAUUUUAAUUGGUCGCAUUUAGUUUAAUCUGUGCGGCGAGCGCUGCCCUCUAGAGGUGAUUUCUCAGUAUUUAAACGCAGGGCUUACUUUUCUCAAUUACAACAAUUUCAGCCAAAAUGUAUUUCUUCCAAGAGUAAUUUCCGAGGUGUUUAUUGAGCCCAUGCACUCGCUAUCAGGGAAUGAUUGUGCAUGGGUUCUGGACCUGCAUGUGCCUCAUAAUAUAUUAUUAUUUAAAGUGCUAGAUACCAGGCUCCUUCAUCUACAACAGUUUUCAGGGGAAGGUUAUAGGACAACAUACUUAUAAUCCAAAUAUAAUUUGUUUCUGUCUGUCUAAGGGUACAUAACAUUACUGUAAUCAUCUCAAAUUAAAAUACAUUGAAUUGGUCACAUCAUAUGACCAUGCCUUAUUAAGCCACUACAAUGGCACAGUACUCCAAAAUAUUAAAUGAUUAGAACACUCUUAGAAUUAGUAGAACUGUUUUGGGCUUUAAAAUAUCAUUCUAUAUACCUCUUGUUGUGAAGGUUUUUGCCAACCCUGAGGAUGCAAUGUCGAGUAGCAAAGGUGGAGAUCCCAAGAAAUUUGUGAGGACUGACCCAGAUGUUGAACGAGUUCGCAGGUAUUAAAUGAUGCUCCUGAUCUCUAUGUUAAGCAUGUCUUGUUUACAAGUUAUUGAACUGGGGGGAUAUCACAUUUCUAAGCUAUUCACAGGUCACUUUACAAGAUCAUGGCAGCAAUUUUUUUUUUGGCAUUGUGGUAAACAUGCCAGCUGCUGGAUCGGUCUUACCAGCACACACUGCUUCCAUAAGAAACCAGAUGUGGUGGAACAGACCUCUUCUUGUUCUUGGAGGGGGCUGCUUGCCCGCCUCCUACCUUCUGACUAUGGCCCUGGGAUAUAUGGCAUUUGAAAACACUAUUUGUGCCCUGUGACAAAACUGGAGAUUGUGCACAAAUAUGACUAUUGUCCAUAUUUUUUAUGAUUCCCUUCGUUUGUUGCACUGUUCCCCAUGUGUUUCAUCUGUUGGUCCGGCUGGAUAGACUACCAGACAAACUGUGGAGUUACUGGGUGGCCACCAAUUCAUGUAUCAGAGACACAUGGUGAGAACAAUGGAUGAAGCACAUGGUGAGAACAAUGGAUGGCGGCCAUUUUAACUCACAGACACUGUUUGGACUUUUCUACACGGUGCUAUCUCGCCGGUAUUUGGUGCACAAAGACAUCGUGCAGUAGUUUUAAACUAUACAACAGGGGACACAUUAUACAGUAAUUAUUUUUCAUAUAGCCUGUAUAUGUUCUGCGGAAUCUGCAUUAAACUGUAUCUUCCAAACUACUGAAUGGAUCUGGGUGAAUUUUGGAUAUGUGUUUCACCCAGAUCCCCCGGUUCCGAGGAUAUACGUUAUGGGGUUAUUGCAUGUUUUGGGCUCCCUGUGAUAUGUUUUAUAAUACUGUAUUUCUCUGCCUGUGAUAAUUAUAUUAACCAUUGUGUUCAGUAAUCAUAUCACAGGCAGAGGGGAGGUUUUGUGUGGGAGUGUCUGUGUGUAUUGUACAGAUGGAUUGGUUGUAUUGCAAAACCCUGUGGGCAGUACUAUGUUUGUGGAUUGUGAAUAAAAGAGGCUGUAUGUGCCAGUGCAGUCAGUUCUGCUUGACCUCAAAACGAAGUGUCGUCUCGUUAUUGGGGGAAUUGGAUUGUAUGCUGAUUGCCAGGAGUGUAAGCUGAUUGUAUGGUUUUCCUGUUCAGCUGCUUAUAACAUUCAUAUGCUUGAGAGCAUUCGUAUGCUUCUCCGGUUCGGUGGUUGUGGUGUCUGCUGCAGUGCUUGGAGUCCUCAGGAAGCGCUAGGAGCAUCCUUCAACGGAUGAACCCAGUCGGGGUGCCAGGUGAUCUGUUACACCAGAGAACACAGUGGCUUUUCCUGGGCCACAGAAAACCUACGCAUGAUAUGCAGCGUAAAUUCUAUUAAAUUCUAACUGGACCAGUCACAAGAUCAGAGCCAGAUGUACAUUUCAUAAAUUUGUUCUCUCCUCCUGUACUUUAGUAGCAUUCAUCUUUUCCUCUCUUCCGCGCUGUACUAAUGUUACCGGAGGAAAAACAGGAACAAACCUCAGAAGCCACACAUAGAGAUAUGGACACAAGCCUUCAGGAAGUAACCAGUCUUUUAUUUACACACUGAGCGGGUCUCAGAUGAACUCCUGUUCCAAAAAUAUCUGAGAGGCAGAAAGCAUGGUGCAGAGGCCUUUUGUUAGCAACAUAUCCCCCCCCCCAUACAGUAUAACCCCUCCUAUAUUCAGGAUCACCUUAUAUGGGCAGACCACAUGGCAUUUACAGACAAAGGAAUGUACUAUCCAAUUCCACACAUGCUCAGUACACUGAUGACUCAUCCAACUGUUUGUAAUCAGAUACUAAUUAUCAUAUGCCAUGUGGAGAUUUCGGCCUACUAAAUGUUGACCAUGCUGGAAUCCCAUCACAUUCCCCCCUUUGAUGCCUCUGAUACAAAGUUAUACAAGAUGCAUCACAAACCAUAAUUUGCCAACACCACUCAAGUAGGCAUUGGACCAGAACAGACCUUGUAAGCAUCUUAGCAUCAUCACAAACUCCUUCAGCAUUCCUUAUCCUGAAUAUGUUCUCUUUGGGCUAGGGAUUCAUAUCUAUAGACAGCCAUUACAUGAGCAGCUGUCUUUCUUUCUAUAGUACUCUCUAUGAUACUACGUAUAGAUCUGACCACUAAUGGGAUUAGGCAGGGCAGAAAGAGACAUAAGAAUAUAAUAAAUACUACUCCUCCUAUUAAUGCCUUAAUCCCUCCAAGCUGCUCAUACCAACUUCCAAACCAACUACUAGGAUUAUACCCAUUGCAGACCUGAGUAGGUACAUGCGUCAGUUUAACCAUGUUGCUAGUAAUGUCAACCACUGCCUGCCCUUCAUCAUCUAUGUGCAGACAACAAUUACUGAGAUUAAACCUCUGCAUACAGCUCCCUCUACUGCUAAUAGGUAGUCCAGAGCUAAUCUAUUUUGAUAGAUGGCUGAUCUCAUCCAAGUAUUUUGCUUAGCUAGAAGAUUAAGUGCUUGUGCUGUUUCAUUGGUGAUAAUCUCAAACACCACCUGUAGUCCCAUAAUACGGUUGAGCCUAUAUAUUGGGGUUCUAUAUCCAUAAGUACCAUCUUCAGCCCAGGUAGCAGGUCCAUAGUAAUUUAUGAUACGUUGGGGAGGCCACUCAUCUUCCCAACUACCUAUAUUCAAGGAUGCUCGCUUCUUUUUAUGAUUCACAUCAUAAACCUUAACUCCCAAGGUCUCUCCUGUCUCAAUUGGCAACAAGAAGAAGGAUGGUUUGAGCGUACCUAAUACACAUGCCCCUUCCCAAUCUUGUGGUAUCUCUGAAUAUGCUUUCUUACCACAGAUCCAGUACUAAUUCACUGGGGCCUUCCAAUUGGAUAUAGCAGAUAAGUCAAACCAUACCUCUUUUAAAUUGGUGUAAUUGGCAAACGGAUUAGUAGGUUCCGAGACAUUUGAAGCUAGAUAUCAAGUAGUAUCUUUUGUAUCAGCAUUAUAGGCCUUCUGUCCUAAGCAGGUUAACUCUCCAACAGAUGUUUUAUACAGUGGCCCUCUUCUAGCUAAACGUACAUGGCCUAUGAUAGAUGUUUUUAAUAGCCAUUCUGAUUUACCUCUAGUACUUACUUGAUGAUCAGACUGAGAAAGCAUCUGUUGUUCAUCUGUCCCAGAACCAGGGUACCAAGCCUAUCUUGUCUCCCAUUGCCAUUGGUCUCCCAUAUUAGUACCUCCACAUACUAAGCAGUUAGUUAUAUUAAGACUACCUGCAAUACUCUCUGCCAAAUCAAUACAUAAGUUCUUAACAUUAUGGGGAAUUUUAUCCUCAACACUCAUCUCCUCAUAGAAGGAAUGAAAAACCUGAUGAGUUUGAGAAGCUGUCAUCUCAGUUUCAAGACCUACAUAUAUUAUGGUCCCUGGAUCUACUCCUGUACCAUGUAUUUUGAAACCCAAAGAGAUUCCCAAACUUGUCAAUGAAGUGCUGUGGAUUGGAUAUGGUCAUAUGCACAGGGUUACACUCAUUAGUUUUACAAUACGGUGUAGUGGGCAACCUUUGGAUAAUCAUAUCUUGAUCUACUGUCUUUCCCCAGGUCACCCAACCUACACAUUACCAAUAGGGGCAGAAGUUAAAGUCUCUAUUUGGGCAGUCAGGAUCAGUAGCUCUUUUACUGGGACAUAAAUAUUUAUCAUUGUGACGAGACCAAUCUCGCCACAUUGCAUUGGAGAAGCCUGGUUGCUCGCCUGCUGCCUCUGGACUAUGGCCCCCUUUUAAAAGACUUUAUUUUGCCUGCAGAAAAGCUGUAUUCGUGCUUUUCUGAUGGUUGUUCGGUAGAUUCAAUCUACCGAACAACCGCAUGAAUGAAUAGACCACCUGGGAGCUGGAGUGUGCCGGCAAUUAACCUCCCUGAAGCUGCGGUUAACCUCAGCUUAAUUGACGAAUGCUGGGUGGCCGCCAUUCGUAUCCCGAACACGAGGUCGCAGCCAUUUUAAACAUACGAAUGCACAGCGGUGUUCGCCCCUAUUUUCAUGGAACUAAAAUCGGACACAGUUUUGCGCGAACACCGCUGAAGCCGCCGACCUCCCUUCUUGUUCGGUGGAAGUGCACGAACGGCCCGGUGUUCGGUAGUUUUGUUCGAAUGUGUUAUACCCCAGAUAGGAAUCCCAUGGAGCCCAUUCGUAUGAAACUGACUGUGUAAAGACUUUGGCUCCAUGGCGAUUAAACUGUAUUCGUGUGGUCUGAGCGCCAUUUGCUUAAUAAUGUGCGCUCAGACCUGAGCUAUCUGGGGAUAUGUUACAUGUAUAUAUUUACUGUACCAUUUCAAUCUACCGAACAACCGCAUGAAUGAAUAGACCACCUGGGAGCUGGAGUGUGCCGGCAAUUAACCUCCCUGAAGCUGCGGUUAACCUCAGCUUAAUUGACGAAUGCUGGGUGGCCGCCAUUCAUAUCCCGAACACGAGGUCGCAGCCAUUUUAAACAUACGAAUGCACAGCGGUGUUCGCCCCUAUUUUCAUGGAACUAAAAUCGGACACAGUUUUGCGCGAACACCGCUGAAGCCGCCGACCUCCCUUCUUGUUCGGUGGAAGUGCACGAACGGCCCGGUGUUCGGUAGUUUUGUUCGAAUGUGUUAUACCCCAGAUAGGAAUCCCAUGGAGCCCAUUCGUAUGAAACUGACUGUGUAAAGACUUUGGCUCCAUGGCGAUUAAACUGUAUUCGUGUGGUCUGAGCGCCAUUUGCUUAAUAAUGUGCACUCAGACCUGAGCUAUCUGGGGAUAUGUUACAUGUAUAUAUUUACUGUACCAUUUGUCCCAUUAUGUAUUUUAAAGUGAUAGUCUGUCUUUGUGUCCCCACGUGUGUAAUGGAGUUUUGCCUUUGUCCUGGGAGAUAAUUGAAUUACUUCUCCAGGGCAGAGGGGAGGAAGCCAGGAUGCAUUGUGGGGAUGUUUUACUUCUGUAUGUCUGUAAUUGGUACAUGUCUGUCUUUUGUUACAGUCUUCCAUCUGGUCCCCUACGGGAGUGUCCACCAGGUGGGAGACCUGCAUAAAUACUGGGCAGGUAGCCCUCAUUAAACAGACCACUGCUUGACCCUCAACACGGAGCUCUGUCUCGUCUUUGGGGGGAUUUACUGUCUGCUACUAAGGACUGAUUGCCAGGAGUGUAAGCCGCUUGGGAGCUUUUCCUGUUCGUCUGUUGACAGCUAUUCAUGAGGUUCCAGUUCGGGAGUUUGGAGUGCUACCUUAUUCCCUUGUAUGCAGUUCGGGAGUUUGGUGCAUUCACUUGUAUUCAAUUCGUGAGUUUUGGUGAUUCUACAGUAGCUGUGCCUGUCUCUAAAAGGGGAUUAUCGUCUAAGCGGUUUAUAUCCCUUUUGUGCAAAACGGUCCGUUACAAUCAUUAAACCCAUAAAUUCGUUCCCAUUUAAGAUUACCACAUAUAUUCCAAAGUUUUCAACUACUAUCGCCUUACAUGCAUCAAAUAAUAGAAUACCCAUAGAAUGUAUGGUGCUUAUCACAGUCUUAUUUAUUAAGGUCCCCUGGGAGUUACUUUUCUGAAUUACCAACCAAAUUGUACGGGGUUGGAAUUGGGGAUCGAAACACUUGGGCUCACCUGAUAUCGGUUGACACACACUAUAAUCAGUAUCUAAGUACCUACACCUAGACACAGAUCCUUUACAUUUAUAUUGUGAGUGCCAAAUUAGGGUCUGGGAUAUCUGGUUACCUGUUUUCAUAGUCUUAAUACAACUAACACAGCUUGGAAUAUCCUUACCUUUAUCUUGAAAAAUUAUAAAAAUACUAAAACACAUAAUUAAGCACAUCAUUCUUGUGGUCCUCAUCUUUAUUCUUCAACCGUGCGACGGCACCUCAGCUUCCCGCUUGUGAGGGCUGCAAGGAUUGUUGUACUUCUGACCCUCACCUUCACAGAGGUCCGUUCGAGACACUCUGGCUAUGAAACAUAGGCAGGUGGUCAGGCUUUAUUAUGGCCGUCAAAACACCUACUUGCUGAUCUCUGAUGUUACUUUCAACCACGAUUCUUCAAAAAUCACCUCAUACUUCUCAAGUCACGCUCAAUUCGACUGGGCCAUGCGCUUCAACCGGAUCUUUCAAGGAUUCUCACAAUCUGGAGUAGCUUGCCAGGAAUCUGCCGCUGGUUUAACCCUAGAGUGAUGAAUCCGAGGAGUCACUUCCGCCACCUACAGCUGUUGGGGUAGAUAAAAGAACAACAUACGAAGGCUAACAGGAUACACUCCAAGCUUUAACUCAAUAUGUAUUGGUGGGAUGUUACGGGCAAGUCCUGGAGGAUUAUUUUCUGCCCAUACUCCUGGAAUGUUAAAUACAGAUCCAUCACUCGUUGGGUUUGCUUUUAUUAUUACAGAAUAGAAACGCCAUUCUUCUUCUUUUGGCACCAAUACCGCUAUUAUGCCAGGUGAUUUAUUAAACUUCAGAGACGUUGAUCCAUUAGGUAGAAAAGUUAUCUGAGAUUGAAGCUUUGAUAAUAGAUCUCGUCCUAGAAGUUAAACUGGACACUCCGACAUGUAUAGGAAAUGGUGCUUAACAAAAUGGCCUCCUAAAAUGCAUGUACGACUCCUGAGAAUCGGUCUAGCAGCACUUUUCCUAGUAGCUCCUAUCAUAGUUACAGUCUUCUCAGAAGGAGGAGCUACCAAUUUGGUCACCAUAGAAUGUUCAGCAAGUCUAUCAUGAAAGGACUUCUCUUUCCCCCUAUUGAUACAUCGGCCAUAGGCUCCGCUCGGCCAAGGGGGAUGGAACCCGGUCGGGAUGGAACCAUGAUAGUGUCAGCCAGACCUACGAAAAUUUCUAUCUUCCCUAUCCCUAGGUCUCUGGGUAGGGGGAUAAUAUCUACCUCCCUGCACACUCACUCUGCUAUUCCCAUUAUUUCCUCCAAACUUCCUCUACCUCGUCCUCUAUAGCUGUUACCAUAACCACCUUGCCCUCUUCUCUCUUCUUGUCUACCACCUGCAAUAUAUCCCCUCUGUGGACAGUCACUCUUCCAAUGCCCUUCCUCUCUACAAUAUGCACAUUGAUCUCAACCUAGUGGUACCCUGCUCAUCCUAUUCUCAACUCCUCUAUUCAUCUCUCCUCCUUCUCUAGCUACGCCUGAAAUAGCUACCACUAACAUGUCUAUUUUCUUCCUCAUCUUACAUUCCUCCUCACGCUUUGUCCCAGUUUCCCUAUUCAUAUACACCUUAUUUGCAACCUCCAUUAGCUGUGAUAUGGAUAUCCCUGCAAAUCCCUCUAAAUUUUGUAGCUUUCUUUUAAUAUCGCUCUGGGCCUGGCUGACAAAUGCUGAGUCUAUCAUUCAGAAGUUUUCAGGGGCUUCAGGAUUGAAAGGAGUGUACAAUCUAUUUGACUCAAGCAGUCUCUCAUAAAAAACACUUCAGCUGUCCUGGACAUGUUAAUUGCUUUUUUCCCACCUGCCUUCAUGCAAGUAAUAAUGGCUUGUUGAUAGGCCUUUAGAUGGAUCAUGUCAGCGCCAUUUACGUUCCAAAGGUCAGUAAUAAUUGCUGACAAUCAGCCCAGGUGGGAUUGUGUGUUUGUAUAAUGGAGGUAACCAAAUCUGUCAUGACUUGAGGUUUGUCGUUAGGAGUUAUGAGUCUUCCAAUUGAAUAGAUCAGUUGUGGUGAAGGGAACAUAGACAAACACAGGAUCUGCCCGUUGUAUUUGGCCAUUUUGGUCAACGUGUGUUGGACCUGGUGUAAGUCGGAGGGGCAUCUGGCAAUGUCGGGAUGGAAGGGCACCAGUCAGUUGUCAGGUUAGUAUGGGACUUCGGCAAGGCUGCUCAGUAAUAGGUUCCGGUCUGGGAGUAGUAAGAUAGGUGAAAGGGGGUGAGCUGAUUUUACUAGUCCGCAUUUUGUGGAUGGAAAAAAAUAAAAAACCUAACUUUUAAUAUUUCUAUGCAUAAAAUAAAACCUUAUAGCAAUAAAUAUAUUAAAAUAGGGUAAGCAGUCCUACUUCUGUCUGUUAUAUGCCAGUAUAGAGUUAAAGAUGAUUAAACAAUGUAAUAUCAAUGUAACUCCCGAAGAUGGUCAGUAGGUGGCGCUAGAGUGCCUCCCUAAAGUCUAAUGAAGCAGAUAGACUUUAAAUAUGUGCUUAUUUUAUUAUUACUUAUUUUAAUCACUGUUCACCCUGAUAUCUAGGCUUGAGUAAAGCUUUAGUUCUAAGGUAAAUUAAACAUCUCAGUUUGUAUUUUAGUAAAGGGGAUAUUUUGGACAAAGCUGGGAGGGGCCCAUCCAGUAACUAAAAAAGGAUAAAAGUGUACUCUAGCAUCUAAUACCAUUGAUCAUUUCUUCCAGUUGUAUUUUAGACUGUCACUGAAUGCACACAGUGUUCAGUAGUUUUAGUGCUAUUUCAGUGAUUUUGGUACAAUGUCAUUGCUGAGAAUUCUCUGAUCCAAUAGACUCAGUUACUGUUAUUAAGAAUUCUCCUCACAAUUUAACUGUAAAAUAAAAUUCAAUGCUAAAAUACACUUGUAGCGGAGAGGUAGUAUAUUCCACAGUAUCUCCGCUGGUAGACAGGAGCAGCAUAUAAUAAUCCAGGUAUAACAAGCACAGCAUACAAUAAUCCUGGUAGCGUUGUAUAAAUCCUUCCUUCCCAAGAACUAGACGACACAUAGGCUGGGAGUCAACUGAGCUUUUAAUCACAGGUAACAGUAUUUAUGUGGUUUCCCAUGCAAGGGGUUUCCCUACUGACUUUACAGGGGUUGUACAGUAGGGGACUACAUGGGGAACUUAACAACCAAGGCCUUUCUCCCACCAUGCACUGCUGCACGAGAGGGAUACUCCCACUAGAAUAUCCUGUUAAGUGAAUUAUCCCUCCGUGCAGCAGAACUGGCUUUUUACAUAAAAAUAUACAACUUUAACAUUAUUCAUACUAUAUUAACGAAUGACCGUUCGGUAGAUAGCUGGGGUCUGGGCGCACAUUUCGUGAAAGUACUGCUCAGUUCCCAGCACAUCCAGCCGAACGCUGCAUGAAUUACACUUCAAUAUACAUUUUGCAUAAAAGACACAAAUAUACCCGCAGGGAUAAAAUACCGAAAGACCGGUACUCCCGAACGGCCUGGAAGUCCAGCGGUAUUCGUGCCGUCGAGUAGCCGAUUUUAGUUCCAGGCACUCGAAGACAAAAUACCGCUGGGCUAACAAAGGAUCCAAGAUGGCCGACCGCCGCGUGGUCGCUAUCUGAACGGCGGCCACCCUGAAUCUAUAAUAACUACCGAAAGCUACAAUGUUGCAAUAUUUAAUGGGAGCCACACGACCUCCUGUGUGUGGUCUCCCAUUCGGUAGAUUUGUUCGUUUCACGAACAGUGUUGAAAUUCACUGUUCGUGAAACUACUGUAUGAAUACUGGUGGCUUUCAUGCCGCCAGCAUACGAAUGCUCUUGUUUGCAUAAAAUACAGAUACAUGGCUAUACUUGGUUCUAACAGCCUUAAAGCUACAUCAUAUUAAUGCAAAUACAGUUCUAAGUGGCUAGUUUUGCCACAAUGCUCCCCCAGAACCAAGCCGGCAUACACAGUCUGAUCCCAACGGAUUGGCUUGGGGGUGUCCGGAGGAGUACUCACAGGAUCACUUUUCAAGGUCUGUCUGUCUGGAUAACCCGUUGCGUUGCCAUUUUGCUUCCCUGGGCGGUAGUGGAUUGUAAAGUCAAAAGGCUGCAGCGCCAAACUCCAGCGCAGCAGCCUGGCAUUGUCUCCUGACACCCUGUUCAGCCACACCAAUGGGUUGUGAUCUGUGAGCAAUGUAAAGGGUUGCCCAUACAAAUAGGGCUGCAGCUUUUUGAGGGCCCACACAACAGCCAGGCAUUCCUUUUCGAUGGCAGCGUAGCUUACUUCUCCGGGUAAAAGUUUUCUGCUGAGGUAAGCCACUGGGUGCUCGCCGCCAUCUGCUCCGACUUGACUCAGUACUGCUCCCAAUCCAAACAUAGAAGCGUCUGUAUGGACGAGAAAGCGUUUAAUUGGAUCAGGCGCAGAAAAUACAGGUGAUUUAGUAAGCGCCGUCUUGAGCCGUUGGAAUGCCUGUUCACACUCUGGGGCCCAUACCACUAUCUUAGGGAGGUUCUUACGGGUUAAGUCGGUGAGGGGUUUGGCUAGGGUGCUGUAGUUGGACACAAAUUUGCCAUAGUACCCUGCGGUAACUAGGAACGCAAGGACUUGCGUCUUGGUGCGGGGGGUUGGCCACUUGGCGACUGCCUCUAUUUUAGCGGGUUCUGGCUUCUGUUGACCACUUCCUACCCUAUGUCCUAGGUACUGGAUCUCUGCCAUCCCUACGUGGCACUUACUGGGUUUGAGGGUCAGUCCUGCCUCCCUAAUCCGGUCUAGUACGGCUCCUAUGUGGGUCAGGUGUUCAGUCCAGGAGUGGCUGAAAAUGGCUAUAUCAUCUAGAUAGGCGCAAGCAUACUCCUGAAACCCAUCCAGUAGCCGAUCUACCAUCUGUCACUUUUUCAUCCGCUUAUAAAAAUGUGGUUAAUUACAUUUACUGUCAACACAGGAAAAGUUGUGCUGAGCAGCAACCUAAUCCACAGAAGGGUUAAUGCUGAGCAUCAAUUAUGCAAAUGAAACCUGGUAACUGACUUUGGGGUCAAAGGCCGGUUACAGCCUAUCAGAUCUAGAGGAGGGGUAUUUAGGCCCAGUUCUCAGCCUGCUCAGUGCCCUGUCGUGGUUUCCCUUGUGGUUGUCUGAGAGCGCGUUCCUGUUUAUAGUUUUCUACCUGGUUUUGACUUUGGCUUUGUUUAUUGACUUCUCUAUAUUCUGGUAUCCUGACUCCUGGCUUUCCUCAUCGCUGUGUCCCUUUCUGUGUUCCCUUACCUCGGCUAGUAUUUUUGACUAUUCUUUGUACGUUAAAUCCGGCCAUUCUAAGGACCGGUAAUACGUUACUUAUUUGUCAUUGUAACGGAUCACCUGGCACCGACUGGGUACCUCCAUUGAAGGAUGCUCCUAAGCGCUUCUGAGGGACUCACUGCAGCAGACACAAUAACCACUGAACGGAGAAACGCUCACAUGCUCUCAAGCAUAUGAAUGCUGUAAACAGCUAGUUUUGGGAAAAGCUAUACAAUCAGCUUACCUCGGCAAUCAGCAUACAAUCCAAUUCCCCCCAAUAACGAGACUGACACACUUCGUUUUUGAGGUCAGAAGAACUGACUGGACUGGCACAUACAGCCUCUUUUAUUCACAAUCCACAAACAUAGUACUGCCCACAGGGUUUUGAAAUACAACCAAUCAAUCCGUACAAUACACACAGACACUCCCACACAAAAUCCUCCCCUCUGCCUGUGAUAUGAUUACUGAACACAAUGGUUAAUAUAAUUAUCACAGGCAGAGAACUACAGUAUUAUAAAACAUAUCAGAGGGACCCCAAAACAUGCAAUAACCCCAUAAAAAGUAUAUCCUCAGAACCGGGGGUAACCGGGGGGAACCACAUAUCCAAAAUUCACCCAGAUCCGUUCAGUAGUUUGGAAGAUACAGUUUAAGAAGAGAUAUGUGAUACCACCUAUGUGAUCGGUCUGGCCACAAGCGCGGGGGGCAAACGCAUGUUUCAUACCAUGAGCGUACCGAAGAGGUAACCGUGUUCUGCGCGCCAGCUACCGACUUUGAUAAUCUGCCUCUCCCAGACCUCCUAGACCAAGAGGGCCAGGACAGAGACCUGGGAGAAGUACGGUUAGGGGAGCGUUUAAGUCCCCAGCUUAAGUCCAAAGCUUAAUCCGGGAAGAACGGGCCACCUUUUCCAAUCUGCCCGGGUACACCCCAUUGGCCACUCACAAGGUAGAAACCCUAGAACAGACCUCGCUUCACCAACCUCCUUACCGCAUACCAGAAUCCGUAAACAUAGAAACAUAGAAUGUGACGGCAGAUAAGAACCAUUCGGCCCAUCUAGUCUGCCCAAUUUUCUAAAUACUUUCAUUAGUCCCUAGCCUUAUCUUAUAGUUAGGAUAGCCUUAUGCCUAUCCCACGCAUGCUUAAACUCCUUUACUGUGCCUCCUAUCACUUCAGCUGGGGCUGUUUCCAUGCAUCCACACUACCCUCUCAGUAAAAGUAAUACUUCCUGAUAUUAUUUUUUAAACCUUUGUCCCUCUAAUUUAAGACUAUAUCCUCUUGUUGUGGUAGUUUUUCUUAUUUUAAAUAUAGUCUCCUCCUUUACUGUGUUGAUUCCCUUUAUAUAUUUAAAUGUUUCUAUCAUAUCCCCCCUGUCUCGUCUUUCCUCCAAGCUAUACAUGUUAAGAUCCUUUAACCUUUCCUGGUAAGUUUUAUCCCGCAAUCCAUGAACCAGUAAAGGAAAGCGUGCGUAAGGAGAUUGAUGAGAUGUUGCAGUUAGGGGUGAUAGAACAUUCUGACAGCUCCUGGGCCUCCCCGGUAGUGCUAGUACCGAAACAGGACGGGACGACCCGUUUCUGUGUAGACUACCGGAGGCUCAACGACAAAACGAUCUCCGACGCUUACCCUAUGCCCCGGAUAGAUGAGCUCCUAAACAAAAUGGCCAGGGGCCAGUACCUCACCACAAUAGAUUUGUGUAAAGGGUAAUGGCAAAUUCCGCUAGCUGAAGACACCAUCCCCAAGUCAGCGUUUUUCACCCCGUUUGGCCUGUACUAGUUUAAUGUCAUGCCAUUCGGGAUGAAAAACACCCCGGCUACCUUUCAGAGGAUGGUGUCAGGAUUACUGUUUGAUCUAGCACGUAGAACUGUAUAGCACGGAUGACUGUGGCGGAACCAGCCUUGCCACUGGGCAUUGGAGAAGACUGUUUGCCAGCCUCCUGCCCUGCGACUAUGGCCCUGAGAUGUAUUGCCCUUCUAGGAACUGAUUUGGGCAUAAUAGAUUUUUAUAAUGCUGCUGCUGGCCCUUUAAGAACCAUCUGGGGACAUACUGUGGAGUUACUGGGUGGCCACCAUUUCAUGUAUCAGAGGCACAUGGUGAGAACAAUGGAUGAAGCACAUGGUGAGAACAAUGGAUGGCGGCCAUUUUAACUCCCAGACACGGUUUUGACUUUUCUACACGGUGCCAUCUCGCCAGUAUUUGGUACACAAAGACAUCGUUCAGAAGUUUUAAACUACAGAACAGGGGACACAUUUAACAGUAAUUAUUUUUCAUAUAGUCUGUAUACGUUCUGCAGAAUCUGCAUUAAAUCGUAUCUUCCAAACUACUGAACGGAUCUGGGUGAAUUUUGGAUAUGUGGUUUAUUUUUUAUGGGGUUAUUGCAUGUUUUGGGGUCCCUGUAAUAUGUUUUAUAGUACUGUAUUUUCCUGCCUGUGAUAAUUAAGUUAGUCUAUUGUGUUGAGAUAAUUUUAUCACAGGCAGAGAGGAGGAUUUCUGAUGUAAUGAAUGGGAGUGUUAGCUGUGUUGUAAUGUGUUGAUUGGUUGUUCUUCAAAACCCUGUGGGCAGUACUAUGUUUGUAGAAUGUGAAUAAAAGAGGCCUGGAGCUGCAGCUCCAUCACCCCCUAUGUUAAUCCGGACCUGCAUGCAGCUCCUCCAGGGAUGGUCAGCAAUGUGUGCAGGGAGGAUGGAGGACAGGCAGCAGCACCAGGUAACGGCAAGGACAGAGGGACAUGGGGAGGAAGACAUAAAUGGGGAGGGAGACAAGAGAGCAAAGGGGAUUAGGAAGGGAGACAUCAAUAGAGGCUGGGGAAAAGACAGAGAGACACACAAGUGAGAGUUACUAGAGAGAGAGCAGACUUACUAAAGAGAGAAAGAGGUAAAGGGAAAUAAAAAAAAAAAAGAAAUACAAUAAGUUACUAGAGAGAAACAGAGAGAUAGUGAGAGUUACUAAAGAGAGAAAGUGAGUUGCUAAAUAGAUAGUCAGAGCUGGGAAAGAUAGAGAGACGUGGGUCUGGUAAUCUGAGAGAUAAAAGUAGGUAGGUGAAUUAUUGCAAUAGGAAGAUCUGAAGUGACAAAACAGAGAUGUCCAUUAAAGGCACUUUGUAGUUACUGUGGAUCUUAGAUUAGCUCCCUCUGAAUUCACACACACUGUUUCACUUUAACACAAACCACUGCAUUAAAGGGAACUAUAGUGCCAGGAAACAAACUCAUUUUAUUGGCAGUAUAGCUUCCCCCCCUGUGGUGCAGAAAGGGUUAAUAACUCCUUCUGUCACUUACCUGGGUCCCUCGGCGCUGGCUCAUGCUAUACACACACUCCUUUGUGUAUAUAUAUACACACACACGCCUAUGAACCUACAGGUGAUGGUGACUACCGUCACAGUAACCUUCUCUCAUCCUGGGCUAUGCUAACAUUGACAUUCUCCGCUCCUCCUGGGAUGUACAAACAUUGAAAUCCUGUGAGCUUCCAAUGUUAGAAGAAAUGAGUCAAAAGGUUGAGGGUAGAAAACACAAUUGUGAAGUAAUACCAGGGCCAGAUUAAGAGCCCAGUGGACCUGGAGCUGACAAUUAUCAUGGGCCUAAUUACAGAAUCUUAUCAACCAAAAACAUUAAAACAACCAUACCUCCCACCCGUCGUGUAUCUGAUGGAGAUGGUAAUUGAUUAAAUUUAUCUUUAUGAGGAGAUGCUGAUUGGCAAGGGCUAUGUUUGACUUGUGCUGGCUGUGCCCCUGAUCUGCAUAGUUGACAGUCUCAGCCAAUCUUAUGGGAAAGCAUUGUAAUUUGCUCAGACCACCACUUCUGAUGAUGUCAGUUCAGAGGCAGAGCCAGCAUUUUCAGACUUUACUAUAUAUGUAUGAAGGCAAGAGGGUGUGAGGGGAGCUAGAUGGUGGUCCCCAUGUCGCCCAGUCCCAUAGUCUCCCAGUGUCCCCAUUUCUCCCAGUGUCCCCAUGUCUCAGCGUGUCCCCUAGGGACACUGAGAGACAUGGGGACACAGACACUGGGAGACUAGGGGAAACUGGGAGCCAUGUGAACACUGAGCCAUUUGGGACACUGGCUGGGGAACAUGGGGACGCAUGGGGACACUGUGUCCCCAGUGUCUCCAUGUCCCAAUGUCUCAGUGUCUCCCAAUGUCCCUAUGUCUCACAGCGUCCCCUAGUGUCUCAGUGUCACGAUGUUUGCCAGUGUCCACAAGUAUCUUAGUGUCCCCAGAUCUCCCAGUGUCCCCUAGUGUCUGUGUCCCCAUGUGUCCCCUAGUGUCUCAGUAUCCCCAUGUUUCCCUGCUGCCUUUCCCCCCCUCCUUCUCUUCCCUGAGCUGUAGUCUGUCUGCAGACUGGGAGCUGCUGUCUGGACUGGACUCUCUGUGCUGUGUAGCUGCUCCCCCACGGAUCAGUGAGUAGUAGAGAAAGGCAGGGAGGGAUAUGCUGUAGCUUCCUAUCCCUGCCUCUCUCCACACACAGUGGCUGGUGCUGGUAUUGCAGAGUAAUCUCCAUUUAUACUGAGAAAAAUACCUGCAUUUGUAUUGUCGGUAUUACUGCAAUACCUGCACAGCCAGGCAGCCUCAAAUGCCAGCUGUGCCAGUAAAAUGCCAGUCAGUUGGUAAACCUAAGAGAAGUGUGUAAAAAAAAUAAAAAAAGUAAAAAAUUUUUUAUUAUUAUUAUUUUUUUUUAAAUGGGCCUAUUCCAUGGGCCUGUGCCUGGAGCUGCAGCUCCAUCAGCCCCUAUGUUAAUCCGGCCCUGAGUAAUACAAAUGUAUCCACGAUUGUGCCAGUAUAAAGUGUAUCCUACACAGGGAGUAUGAUUAAGUUAUAACCUAAAAGCAAUGUUUUACCAUCACUAUGUUUUGAAUGUGGAGAAUAGAAGACAGUGAGUAAAGUAUAGAUUAGAUACAAAUCAUUAGGUUGAUUAGAAACAAGAUAUCUGGAGAGACCCUUCCGUAAAGAAGGGAAGGUGAGAGAAGUGUCCAGGUGCAAGCUUGGUAUAUCUCGUUGGGUCAUGCUCACAGAGUUCAUUUUAAUUCGGAUGAAAUGGCGGCAGGCACUACUAUCAUUUCUCAUUUUCACAAUGUUUUCUCCUGGUGUUCAACUAACUUUCACUUACACGGAGGAAAACCAAACAUGGUGGGAAAGGUCAGUGAAACGGCUGCUGAGCCUUCAGUGAAUAAAGUGUUCGAUACUCCAGAAAAUAUCUAUAAAGUUUGACAUAUUUAACUAAUAGGACAUCAGAGUUUUUAUUUUUAUUAAUUGUCCUUCAUAGUAAAUCACAAAAAAAUAAGCAUGUGUUCAGCUUUUGCAAUUAUUUGCCAGGUUUUUUUUUUUUCUUUAAUUUUGUUUGGCAGAAAUAGUUUGAGAAGAAUUACAUAUCAUUUACUUUUUCAAAAUCUAAUUUUUAUUGGAGGUUUUUUUUAAUGCAAUAACCAUGAACAUAAUGUCUUUAUAUAAUAAUCCUUUCAAGUUUUGAAAGGAAAUCAUUUUUUUCAGAAUUCUUUCUUUCGUUGUAUAUGAUACCACACGUUUUUGUUGUUAUUUGCCAACCAUAGAUUGGAACACAAUUUAGUAUGGUUAGAUAACGCAUAUAGAAACCAAAUCGUCCAUAAAUGAAUUUAGAUUAUCACUAAGGACGAUCUUUGAAUAAUAAUACGAGAAUGUUUGUAGGUAGGGGUUUUAAAUGAUUGGUUAUGGAGGCCUAUUCAGUAGAAUGAAAUGUCGUAAGUGGAGCCCUGCAGCUGUAGAGAUUGUGCCUCCUUUUCUGACUUGGACUUGGUCUCUUUCACCCUGCUGAGGUUUUAAUUAACCGGACCCAUAAUUCCCUGUUGCACCAGGAGAGGUAUAGGUGGCACUUGGAGACUUCGCAGGAAGUCUCUUGGGUUCUCUAAAGGUGACAGGGCUGGCACAUUGUCUCUGUGGUGCACCCCUAUGGUUUCUGAAGCUCUCCAUUGGUAUCUGAUGCUAUGUUAUCUCAGGAGCUUAGUGACUGGCAUAAACCUGCAUCUCUCCAUCAGGACAGAGAAAGGUAAGUCAUCAAAAACUUUAAUCGUACACUUGUCCACUGCAAUGCUGGGAUGUUCUCUAGAGCGGCCAUAGUUGCCAGUUUCAUAGUAAUGUCUUCAGUGACUGUGAUAAUAAUCCCUGGGUUCAUCCAGAGGGGCUGCCGGUGCCAUCCUGACUCUGAAGGCUGACACUAUAGUUGACAGUCCCCCUUCCCCUCUCACCUCCAUUGUCUGUGUCACCUUGUGUAUAAAAUCCAGCAAGGCCUCUGGGCCUACCAAUUCUGGUUCUCUGCAGAUCCGAACAUUUCUCCGUCGAUGCCAUGCCUCCAGUAAUGCCGCAGUAUGGGAGAGUCACUGGACCUGGAGGGUAAGUGAUUUUGCAUGUGUUGUUUCUCACGCUCCCCUUCACGAGACUCAAUAUCCCCAAAACGUUGUGCAAACCACCAAUCUCCUUCUGCACCAUAGAAAGGUUGGUUUCUUGAUGUCCCCUUUUGGGAAGGGAUAUGAGUCCACAUCUAGGUCGGUGCUCUGGUACACACCUCAUGUGUCCUGUGAGGCAUGGUAUCUUCCAUCUUCAAUCCAGGGGCCAAGUUAGGUAAGGGGAAUCUCAUGCUUUUUGUGUUAUUAUUGUUCUUAAAAUUGUUUCAUGUUUCAGGUGCAAUAAACGGGUAUAAUGACAUUUUCCAAUUGACUCCUUUUUCGGAUCUCUUUAACCCCUUAAGGACACAUGACAUGUGUAAAAUGUUAUGAUUCCCUUUUAUUCCAGAAGUUUGGUCCUUAAGGGGUUAAAUUUUGUUAAAUUGGAUUAAAUAUCUGUGGAAAAAAAUGACAGCUGUCGUGCUGUAGAAUAAACCAUAUAGCAUAGUAUUGUCAUAUUAACCGUUUUCAUAAAAAUCAAAGUGGUUGCGCUUUAAUUGGCCAACAAACAGUUAAUUUGUAACAAAUUUGUUAUUUUUGCUGUUCUGGCCACAAGAGGGCAGCAUCACUCAGCUGUGGCUUUUGAAAUGUAAACAUUUACAAAUAGGCUGCUUAUUUGUAACACACUGGUAUAAGGUGUCAUUAUUAUCAUUAAUAUCAUUUACAAGGGGCCAAAAUAUUCUGAUAAAUAAAUACAAUUAUUGAAUGUGUAUAUCUGAUCACAAGUAAUCGAAAGAUAAGACACUAUUGACAGCUUACACGUUUAGAAUCUGUAUGGUGUGUUUUAUUUAGAAUAUUUAUAUAAUAUUUUAUAUGAUGUGUUUUAUAAAGAGUGUCUCUUGUAUCCCUCACUGGCUGGUUUCAGGGGGUAAUCUGUCUCUUGUACCCCUCACUGGCAGGUUUCAGGGGGUAUUCUGUCUCUUGCACCCCUCACUGGCUGGUUUCAGGGGGUAAUCUGUCUCUUGUACCCCUCACUGGCAGGUUUCAGGGGGUAUUCUGUCUCUUGUACCCCUCACUGGCUGGUUUCAUGGGGUAUUGUGUCUCUUGCACCCCUCACUGGCUGGUUUCAGGGGGUAAUCUGUUUCUUGCACCCCUCACUGGCUGGUUUCAGGGGGUAAUCUGUCUCUUGUACCCCUCACUGUCUGGUUUCAGGGGGUAUUCUGUCUCUUGCACCCCUCACUGGCUGGUUUCAGGGGGUAAUCUGUCUCUUGUACCCCUCACUGGCAGGUUUCAGGGGGUAUUCUGUCUCUUGUACCCCUCACUGGCUGGUUUCAUGGGGUAUUGUGUCUCUUGCACCCCUCACUGGCUGGUUUCAGGGGGUAAUCUGUUUCUUGCACCCCUCACUGGCUGGUUUCAGGGGGUAAUCUGUCUCUUGUACCCCUCACUGGCUGGUUUCAGGGGGUAUUCUGUCUCUUGCACCCCUCGCUGGCUGGUUUCAGGGGGUAAUCUGUCUCUUGCACCCCUCACUGGCUGGUUUCAGGGGGUAAUCUGUCUCUUGCACCCCUCGCUGGCUGGUUUCAGGGGGUAUUCUGUCUCUUGCACCCCUCGCUGGCUGGUUUCAGGGGGUAAUCUGUUUCUUGUACCACUCACUGACUGGUUUCAGGGGGUGUUCUGUCUCUUGCACCCACUCACUGACUGGUUUCAGGGGGUGUUCUGUCUCUUGUACCCCUCACUGGCUGGUUUCAGGGGGUAAUCUGUUUCUUGUACCACUCACUGACUGGUUUCAGGGGGUGUUCUGUCUCUUGUACCCCUCACUGGCUGGUUUCAGGGGGUAAUCUGUCUCUUGCACCCCUCACUGACUGGUUUCAGGGGGUGUUCUGUCUCUUGCACCCCUCACUGGCAGGUUUCAGGGGGUAAUCUGUUUCUUGUACCACUCACUGACUGGUUUCAGGGGGUGUUCUGUCUCUUGUACCCCUCACUGGCUGGUUUCAGGGGGUAAUCUGUCUCUUGCACCCCUCACUGACUGGUUUCAGGGGGUGUUCUGUCUCUUGCACCCCUCGCUGGCUGGUUUCAGGGGGUAUUCUGUCUCUUGCAACCCUCACUGGCAGGUUUCAGGGGGUAAUCUGUCUCUUGUACCCCUCACUGGCUGGUUUCAGGGGGUAAUCUGUCUCUUCUACCCCUCACUGACUGGUUUCAGGGGGUGUUCUGUCUCUUGCACCCCUCGCUGGCUGGUUUCAGGGGGUAUUCUGUCUCUUGCACCCCUCGCUGGCAGGUUUCAGGGGGUAAUCUGUCUUUUGUACCCCUCACUGGCUGGUUUCAGGGGGUAUUCUGUCUCUUGUACCCCUCGCUGGCUGGUUUCAGGGGGUAUUCUGUCUCUUGCACCCCUCACUGGCUGGUUUCAGGGGGUAUUCUGUCUCUUGCACCCCUCACUGGCUGGUUUCAGGGGGUAAUCUGUUUCUUGCACCCCUCACUGGCUGGUUUCAGGGGGUAAUCUGUCUCUUGUACCCCUCACUGGCAGGUUUCAGGGGGUAUUCUGUCUCUUGUACCCCUCACUGGCUGGUUUCAUGGGGUAUUGUGUCUCUUGCACCCCUCACUGGCUGGUUUCAGGGGGUAAUCUGUUUCUUGCACCCCUCACUGGCUGGUUUCAGGGGGUAAUCUGUCUCUUGUACCCCUCACUGUCUGGUUUCAGGGGGUAUUCUGUCUCUUGCACCCCUCACUGGCAGGUUUCAGGGGAUAAUCUGUCUCUUGCACCCCUCACUGGCUGGUUUCAGGGGGUAAUCUGUCUCUUGCACCCCUCGCUGGCUGGUUUCAGGGGGUAUUCUGUCUCUUGCACCCCUCGCUGGCAGGUUUCAGGGGGUAUUCUGUCUCUUGUACCCCUCACUGGCUGGUUUCAGGGGGUAAUCUGUCUCUUGUACCACUCACAGGCUGGUUUCAGGGGGUAUUCUGUCACUUGUACCCCUCACUGGCUGGUUUCAUGGGGUAUUCUGUCUCUUGCACCCCUCACUGGCAGGUUUCAGGGGGUAAUCUGUUUCUUGUACCACUCACUGACUGGUUUCAGGGGGUAAUCUGUCUCUUGUACCCCUCACUGUCUGGUUUCAGGGGGUAAUCUGUCUCUUGUACCCCUCACUGACUGGUUUCAGGGGGUGUUCUGUCUCUUGCACCCCUCACUGGCAGGUUUCAGGGGGUAAUCUGUUUCUUGUACCACUCACUGACUGGUUUCAGGGGGUGUUCUGUCUCUUGUACCCCUCACUGGCUGGUUUCAGGGGGUAAUCUGUCUCUUGCACCCCUCACUGACUGGUUUCAGGGGGUGUUCUGUCUCUUGCACCCCUCACUGGCUGGUUUCAGGGGGUAAUCUGUCUCUUGUACCCCUCACUGACUGGUUUCAGGGGGUGUCCUGUCUCUUGCACCCCUCGCUGGCUGGUUUCAGGGGGUAAUCUGUCUCUUGUACCCCUCACUGACUGGUUUCAGGGGGUGUUCUGUCUCUUGCACCCCUCACUGGCUGGUUUCAGGGGGUAUUCUGUCUCUUGUUGCUACAUCUUUUCAUCAGUGUGGGGGGCCCCACACUGUGUAUUUCUUGACUUUGUUCGAGACAACAUUGUUGCUGUUUGUGUGAUACAUUUAUUGUUAUUGUAUUGAUAUCAAGCAUAUUUUGUUGCGUUUGCAUAUUUAAUAAAUAAUGUACUGUAUAUUUUACAUUUGAUUGAUUUGUUUAUGUUAUAUCAGUCUAUAUAAUCCCAGAGUGAUCAAUCAGAUCUAUAUCAGUUUUGUUUAGCAGUUGCUGUUCCGGAGUCCAGUUUUCAAGUAGUGAUGAUUGGCUGUUUGGAGCGCUCACAUACCUUUAUUCAUUUAACAUUAUGCUUUAGCAAGUAACAGGCUGCGGUAACGAGUAAUAUGCUAUGGAACGGGUAACUACGGUUACAGGUAACAUUCUGUGGUAACGGGUAAUAUUCUGCAGUAAUGGGUAACAUGCUGCUGUAAUGGGUAACACUCCGCGAUAAUGGGUAACAUGCUGCAGUAACAGGUAACUUGCUGUGGUAACAGGUAACAUUCUACGAUAAUGGGUAAUAUUCUGCGAUAAUAGGUAACAUUCUACAGUAGCGGCUAAUAUGCUGAGGUAACGGGUAACGUGCUGCGGUAAUGGGUAGCAUGCUGCAGUAAUAGAUAACUCUAUGGUAAUAGAUAACAUACUGCACUCACGGAUAACAUUCUGCGUUAAUGGGAAACAUGCUGCAGUAACGAGUAACAUUCCACGAUAAUGGGUAACAUGCUGCAGUAACGGGUAACUUGCUGUGGUAACCGGUAACAUUCUACGGUAACAGGUAAUAUUCUACGGUAAUGGGUAACAUGCUGAGGUAAUAGGUAACAUUCUACGGUAGCGGCUAAUAUGCUGAGGUAACGGGUAAUGUGCUGUGGUAACGGAUAACGUGCUGCAGUAAUGGGUAACAUGCUGCAGUAACGAGUAACAUGCUGUGGUAACAGGUAACUACCCGGUAAUGGGUAAAAGUCUGUGGUAACUGGUAACAUUCUGCAGCAGCGGGUAACAUGCUGUGCUAAUGUGUAACAGUCUGAGGUAAUGGUUAAAAUUCUGCAGUAGCAGGUAUCAUGCUGAGAUAACAGGUUAUAUGCUGAGGUAAUGGGUAACAUUGUGUGGUAACAGGUAAUAUGCUGAGGUAAUGGGUAACAUUCUGAGGUAACGGGUGUAACGGAUCGGUUUGCCCAAAAGAGGUUAAAAACCGUUUAGGCAAUAUUCCCCCUUUUCAGCUGCACCGACAGCUACUGCAAGCACCAAUCUCCUGAACUGCAAACCCACAAAUUCACCAACUCCCGAACUGCAACCAAGGGAAUACUCGAAACUCCCGAACUGGAGACACACGAAUAGCUGCUAGCAGACGAACAGGAAAAGCCCCCAAGCGGCUUACACUCCUGGCAAUCAGUCUCUAACAGCAUACAGUGAAUCCUCCCCCAAUAAUGAGACAACACUUCACUUUGAGGGUUAAGCAGGAACUGGUGUUGUCUUGUAGCUGUCCUCUGGGCUGUGGAAAUGAUCCCGUCGCUUGCCACCAAUUGUAACAGACCGUUUUGCCCACACGAGGUUAAAAACCGUUUAGGCGAUAUUCCCCUUUCCAGAUACACCGAUAGCUACUGUAAGCAGCGAUCUCCCGAACUGGAAAUAUCCGAAAAGGAAAACCAUACGAAAGGGUUACACUCCUGGCAGUCAGCAUACAAUCCAAUUCCCCCAAUAACGAGACAACACUUCGUUUGAGGGUCAAACAGAAUCUGUACAAUAAAUGUCCAUAAGCCCAAAUCAGUUUUUAAAGGGCAAUAUAUCCCAGGGGCAAUAGUCACAUGGCAGGAGGCUGGCAAACAGUCUUCUCCAAUGACCAGUGGCGAGAUCGGUUUCGCCACAACGGGUAAUAUGCUGAGUUAACGGGUAACAUUGUGCUGUAGCAGGUAUCAUGCUGAGAUAACACAUAAAAUGUCUCUUGUAUUAUUUACACCGUCUGAGCCAUUGAUGUAAACCUAUUCCACAAUGCUGUCUAGUGUAAAUGGUAUUUUAUCAGAACCAUUUCUUUAUCUGUCUUUCAGUCCUCACUGACUGAGUUCCUGUGUUUAGUGUCAAUGAAUGAAUGCAUGGAGUAGACUAUUUUCUUACUUAAAAUCCAUUGUUUCCAGGAAGGAAGCUGUAGCUGUGUGUGAUGUCUGUCCUGUGUUUUUAUGACACGUUAAAGAUGAGAAGGUUUGCAUUGAGCUUCUUUACGGAAAUAGCGUCUGGAUUCACGAUUGCAGUCAGGGUUUUAGUGCUCUGUGAGAGACAUGUGGAUAUGUGGCAUUAGUAAAAGUUCCAAUAAACUCACCUCUUAUAAAUCAGUUUCCCAACAAGAAGCCCUUUUUUUUUCUUUUUUGGGUUGUGGAAAUAUUCUGCUACUAAACAGGUUAUACUGGAGGCUCCUGGUAUUUAUUUGAAAAGACAUUAAACCGUUGUGUAAGGCCUUUCCUCAAUAUGACAGCAAACUGCGGAGAGGAAGAGACCAAUUUAUCAAACUAAGGAAAGCAGCGAAGAUUAAACAAAAAAAUACCACCAGUCCUGCCGAUUUAACUUUCAGUAAAAUUCUUGUGAUUUAUCUGUCACAGUAUAAUACAGGCAGCAAUCUACCCCUCCUGCUGCCACAGGUCGGCCGGCUGUUUAAACUGACCUAGACCCCUACAUGUCUAAUGAAUGAAAACACUUUGUUACUGCACCUUAUUCUAGAAAAUAAUCUGAUCUCUGUUUGUAUUUACAGGUGCCACCUGAAUGACAUAGAGAAUAUCAUUCCUUUCGUUGGGAUUGGUCUGGUGUACGUUCUGUCUAAUCCAGAUCUCCUUACAGCUUUGCUGCAUUUCCGAAUAUUCGCUGGUUCGAGAAUCUUCCACACUAUCGCCUAUUUAAUGCCACUUCCCCAGCCUAGCCGUGCCCUCAGCUGGGCGAUUGGCUACGCUGUCACCAUUUCUAUGGCAUACAGAGUUUUGCAGAACAUUUUAUAUUUGUAAAUGGCACACCCGACGAUUAACAAAUGAUCUAAAAUAUUUUCUUGCACAAUAUUUUUAUGGUGGAAUUUAGAAACCAAUUGUGAAUAUUUGACAUUCAGUAUAUUUGAAAAAGCUGAGAAUUCAAACUGUCUGUUAGAAGUCUGCAUACAGAAAAUAUGUAAUUUCUUUAUAGAGAAGUAAAUUCAAUAAACCUGUUCCACAUUUUCAUUGUGAGUCAGUCCUAUCAGCUUAUAAAUACAUGGCUUGAUAAGAUCCAGAUUGGUGGGAUGCAGGAAGCAGUAAAUCUGUCAUAUGAAAACCCACCAUUGCUGUACGGUGAUUACACAACAUUCCAUGUUAUAAAUCCACCAUUGCUGUACAGUGUUAACACAAAAUGAAGACCAGGAAAAAGCAGACAUUUUAAAUAACUAUUUUUCUUCAGUAUAUAUUAAUGAGGGUCCUAUGGCAAAAGAUAUACAAAUGAUUGCUGCAAACAACUUGCAGACAACUUGUGAUUGGAUAACUUGAGAU